CCCACCAGUGAGAUCACGUAUCCAACGCGUCCAGCCCGUGGUGUUGCAGGUGCAUCCUUGGAAAGUGCAUAAAUAUCCAGACAUGAAGCUGUUGUGCUAAGUCGAAUGUACUUCAUAACACGAGAUACAGCAAGAGGUUAGAAAUAGAAAACACCUUAAAAGACUAGUGGAUUUCCCGUUGCAUCAUACCAGCAGACAAUGGCAACGGCACCAAGUCCGCCACCAAGUUACAGGAGCUCUUCUUCGCGAAAUUAUAGGGCCUCCGCUCCGCCAUAUUCAAGUUAUGUUGAGGUUCCUUGUGAUGUUUCUCGUGUCGGUAACUGUGACGCUCCAAAGAAAAGCAAGGAAUUCUAUCUUAAAAUUGCAUUCUCUGCGGUCGUGGGCAUUGCCGUGAUCGCGAUCUCCGCUCUCAUCUACGGCUACGUGGACGCCAUGCGGCAGGUGCGGGAGGUGCAGACGGCGUCGAGGGACCUCUAUCGCGAGGCCUGGGACGCCCGCAAGGAGACGUGGCAGGCCCAAAACGACACGAGGGCGGCGCAGGAGAAGGCCGAGCAGUUGGUGAAGAAGAUGGCGGAGUUGCAGGGGGAGGUACUCGAGGCGCGGGGCGAAGUGGAGUCCCUGCAGGAGAAAGUGGUUCAGGCGCAGAACGAAACCCUGAAGACACGGAGGCAGUGGCUUCAGACGAAGGCGGAGGCGGCGCAGAUAAUCCAGAAGGUUUCGCGAGCCAAGUUGGACCUUCAGGUGGCGGAGAGCGAGUGCGAGCACGCGCACAAGGUGGUGGACGGUGUGCUCGCCGACCUCGGGAAGCUCAAGAAAAAGCUGGUGGGGAGCAAGCUAGGUCACUCCGCUGCCCCCUUGUCGACGGUGCUUUCCCCUGGAUGGACGAAGUACCUGGUGCUCGCAGCUCUGAGUCUGCUGUACGCUUUGUGAGAAACACCCGAGGCUUCGAACACCGACUCGACCUAGUGACACACCGAAGCACAGUCUGUUUAUGACGAUACAGAGCUGUCAUCAUAUCAGUGCAGUAAUAUUGGGUAGAAUGUAGGCUGAUCCAAUUCCUCAGCGUUUCAGUGCGUCUGCAGGAUUUCUAGACGUGAUCAUUGCAAUCCCAUGUAAAUAAAAACACUGCAUACCCUACAUGAUGUAAAAAUGAAUACAGAAUAUUCUAUCGUGUAAGUGCUAUGUAUGGUCUAAUUGGUAUAUAUAUAUGCAUAUGUAUAUUUGUAGUUACACAUACAUUUUUGGGUUAAACUCUUAUCAGAAUUUGUAAAUAUAUGUCAGCACAUACGUCCGAUAUACGUUAAUGUUAAUGAAAGGUUGAAAGAACUUGUUGUUUUGGUUAUUUUUUCAGAAUCUUUUUUUUAUAACAAACAAAGCUUUAUUACACAAAAUGUGAGUCUAGAAAAUAAAGACUUCGACAAGAAAUAUCUGUCUUUGACGAA